AUGCAGGUGAAGAGCUUUCUCACGCUUGUUUUCGCUGCCCUGGCGGCCGCGGGCGAUCCUCUCGACACCGUGCUGAGGAAGAAUAAUCGCACCUUGAGCACAUUCACGACCCUUCUCACCAUCGUCCCGGAGCUCAACGAAACCCUCACCAAGACCAUCGAUGCCACCGUCCUCGCACCCUCGGACGACGCCUUCGCCAAGGCGAUGCAGGCGGACCCCACGUUUGCCCAAAAGGUCACCAACGCCACUUUCGUCGCCCAACUCCUCUCGUACCAUGUCGUUACCGGCAAGACUAUGGCCGCGUCCUUCCCCGAAGUCCCCAAGUUCGCCCACACCCUGUACGCGGCCCCUGACACCAACCUCACCGGCACCCAAAGGGUCGAGCUCGUCCGCAAGGGCGAGCAGGCCCAUGUCUUCAGCGGCUACAAGCAGAUGAGCGUCGUCACGAGCCCCGACAUCACCUUCUCCGGCGGCGUCCUGCACGUCAUCGACUCGGUCCUCACCUUCCCCGGCACGCCCGCCGACACGGCCCUGAACACGGGCCUCACGAGCAUGGCCGGCGCCCUGAUGCGCGCUGGCCUCUUCAACGACCUCAACUCGCUGCAGGCCGCCACCGUCUUCGCCCCCACGAACGACGCCUUCCGGGCCAUCGGCGCCACCGCCGCCGCCAUGGAGCCCCAGGACCUCGCCAGGAUCCUCGAGUACCACGUCCUCACCAACCAGGUCCGCUUCACCCCGAGCGUGACCAUGGCCAAGAUGUCCCACAAGAGCCUGAUGGGCGAGAAGGUCACCCUCCGCAAGCAGGACGGCGCCGUCUUCGCGAACUCGGCCAAGAUUACCAUUUCCGACAUCAUCACGAGCGACGGUGUCAUGCAUGUCGUUGACAGUGUCCUCAACCCUGCGUCGCCCAAGUUGGCCCCCGGCAGUUCACAGCCCGCCUUUGAGGGUGCCUUACAGGCCGCUACCGCUCCCUUCACCGAGGAUGUGAAUCCCACAACCAAUUACAUUCCGGCGUCGUCGACUAUGCGAAGCUCUAGUGUGUCUCUCGGGCUCGCUAUGCUCGGAACCCUAAGUUGUUUAGCCGUUGUGUACCUGUAG